AUGAAAUGUACAUAUUUAGAUAAAAACAUAUCAUUAUACAAAAUGUGAAUCAUGACAAUAGAUUGUAAGAGAAUGUGUCACUUGUGUUAUCACAUUGCAAGCGUUGCAACCGGUAGUUUUGGAUAAUCAGCAUUUGUAAUGUAACUCUCUUUUAGUUUUGUGUCAUUCGAUCGUCUCCACGAAUCGAGGCAUCUCGUUCCAUUCCAUUCCAUUCCGUUCCGUUCAAUCCCGUCGCGUCUGUUUCUCUUGAAACCAUUUCUCUCCUUUCCUCUCAACUCCAUUUCGUUACGCUCUGUUCCAUACCACUCUACUCCACUCCUCUCCUCUGCAAGCCGUUCAACUCCCUCUAACAGUUGCAACCAGUGUGACUAUGGUUUCCGACGGUCGGUCGCUCAUCCUUUUGCCUGUCUCGAUCUAACGCGAUGAAAACUAUUCUUCGUCUCUCUUACGCUUUCUUCAUCCCUUCUCCGUCGCGAUAAUAUAGCUCGAUCUCGUUCUGUCGCACACGCGAGACACACCUCCCACUCGUAGCGCGCGACUGGCGUUGUAUUCAGUCGACGUCGAGCCGGCACGCGUGUUGGCUGAAUAUUUUUCUCGCGUGUUCCCGAGGUUGCGCCGUUUACCUUCUUUCACCUCGCCUCGCCUUGCCUUGCCUUGCCUUGCCUCGUCGUGCCGCGUCUCGUCUCGUCUCGCUUUACCUCUCCUCGCCUCUCUUCUUUUUUUUUUCUCGCGUCCAGUUGUGAGUUCCGGAGAGUCUCUUUGUCAACGAGUAAAUGCGAAAGUUGCGUUCAAAACGAGUAACCGCUCUGUUCGCUUUUGUGCCGUGAAACCGCAAUGAGGCGUGCAGCAACGAUGCUGGAUCAUUGGAGUGAGGACGAUCUAACCGCCUCGUGUCGUGUGUGACCGCCAAGUCUUCGUCGUUUCGAACAAGUGGAAAGAAAUGUCGAGUGGAAGGUUUACCAGCGUAAUUGCUUUCGUUCGAUAUCUUUCACUUCUUUCUUCGAGUUUCUCGUAUCACUGUAACACGCGACUGAAACAAACACGUUUUAAUUAAUCUUAACUUCGACGUUAAUCUGCCAUCAGUUUUUCAUCAUAAAACAUAAUCAACUCGUGUUUCACCAUUAGCUCCGGUCUUCUGAAACAUGGAUUUCGUAAUUUUAAAGGUAAACGGUCAAGAUGUUUCAAAUUCGAGCCACGAGGAUGCGGUACGUUGCUUUCAAUCGGCCCAAGAGCCGAUCAUCGUGGAAGUGUUGCGACGUCAGCCGCAACAACAACAACAGCAGCAUCACCACGGUCACCGAAUGCAUUGUGCUCAAGAGGAAAAAGAGUCGGAGAAACGAGAGCACGGAACGAGCAAUGCUUGGCCGAAUCUCGUCUCGACCGCGGUGCAGACCGAUUGGGCCGGACUUAUCGAGACCGAGGAAGAGGUUGUGGACGAGCAGCCGAACGAUAGUUUCGAAGAUUUCCUCGCGCACGACAUCGACUUCGAGGAGGUCACGUUGCGGAAGACGGGCAGCGCCGAGAAGCUGGGGCUCACCGUCUGUUACAGUUCCGGUUCGGGCAGCGAAGACGCCGACACCGAGGUUUACAUCUCGGAAAUAGUUCCUGAAAGUUUGGCGGCGCGCGACGGCCGAUUGCGAGAAGGCGAUCAAAUCCUCAGGGUGAACGGGAAAGACGUGGCGAACAAGGAACAAACGGAAAAUCUUUUCGCCGAAACGAAGAACGCGGUGACCAUUCUGGUGAGCCGAUGCCUGUAUCAGGACGAUGAUUACGAGGAGAGGCGUGCGUAUCGUCGGGGCUCGCCGUUGCUCUCGCCGGAUCACAUACCCUCCUAUCAGAACAGUUUGAUCGAGCAAUUGAUCCGACAACAGCAACAGCAGACGGAAGAGCGAACCAAAGACUCGGAGGAGGACGGGUCCACGUUGAGGCCUCCCGUCCCUGGUCACACCCCCUCGUCCACCUGUUCCUCUCAGAGCUCGCAAAAGGGAGGGGGUGGCGGCGGUGGUGGUGGUGGUGGUGGUAGAAACGGCGCGUCGCCGGCUCGGCACGCGGAUCACGAGCGCGGUAAACAGCAACAAUGGGUGCAAGACGCGAUGAAGGAUUGCUCGAAGAAGAUGGAGGGCCUCUGCGUGCGCGGACAAUCGCAGACGGGUUGCGGCGAGGGGGGCGGAGGGGGAGGGAGCGGCGAGGGCGGGGGAGGGGGAGGGACGACCUCCUCCCCCUCCGUCAGACUGGCAGAAGCGUACUCGAAUCACGUGUGGAGCGAAACGGAGCACAUAUACGAGACCAUACCGGAGUCGGAUAGCGAGCCGAUAUAUUCCUCCCCUUACGAGCACCAUCGCCACUGGCAUGGUCAUUCUUCCAACAAUCAUCACGAGCGGCCGAGCGCCGUUGCCACGUCUCAAACCACUACCGUUUCCUCAACCAACGCGAACGCGAUCAACGUUGCGUCGAGCACCGUGAUCCAAUACACGCAAACCGGCCAGGCGAAUCAAACGUCGGCCGGUAGAUGGUAUUGCUCGUCGAAGAGCAAUAGCUCGGGCGAGGAAAAGGACAGCUCGAGCGCUUACAAUACCGGCGAAUCGUGCAACAGUAAUCCGCUCACGUUGGAGUUGCAACGGGGCGAGAAAGAUCAUCACAAGAGCACGCUGGUUCUUUGUCCUCCGAAAAUGUCCACGAUUCAUCAUCAUCAGCAGCAGCAACACCAACAGCAACAGCAUCAACAACAGCAGCAGCAGAGAUUCGGCUGCACGUGUUCCGCUUUUACCAGUAAACAGAUCAACAGAAAUUAUUCGAACAACAAAAGGGUAUCGAGCUCCCAAUAUUACAAGGAUCGCGUGACGGAUUCAACGAGCGCGGGUAAUCUGCCCGCCGACACGAUGUACACGAAUAUCGCCAAUCUUCAACAAACGAUGCUUUUGCAGCAACAGUUGUUCAAACAGGCGCUUGAUCGAAGAAACUCGACGAUCGCUGGCUCGAGGGAGAGCAGUAGCGUGACCGCGGUCGCCGCCGUCCCCACUGGCACCGCGAAAAAAUCCAGAUCUCACGGUAACUUUCAAGCGCCGAACUUGACGCGUUACCAAUUUGUCGGCAGCCAACAGGUGUGCACUUCGUCGAACGCGUGGAUACCGCCGGAAGAGAAAGGGAACGAGGUGCAGAUGGAAUGGAAGGUGAAAAGGCGAGCGGACGGAACCAGAUACAUCGCGAGAAGACCGGUUAGAAAUCGUAUUCUGAGAAACAGAGCGAUCAAGAUAUCCGAGGAGCGGGCCGGUCACAGCACGGAGGACGACACUAUGUCGGAAGUGAAGGUCGGCAGAUAUUGGACCAAAGAGGAGCGCAAGAGGCAAUUGGAACGCGCUCGAGAACGUAAGCAGAGGCAGCAAGAGUUUCAACUGUUGCAGCAGCAGCAACAGCAGCAGCAGCAACAACAGCAGCAACAGCAACAGCAGCAACAACAACAGCAGCAAGUUCAAUUGCAGCAAAGCAAUGAGUUAUUGGCGUCCGAGCAUGGAGAACACGAGAAGCUCGCAAAAAAACCGCUCAAUAUUCUCGAGCUCAGUCACAAAAAAAUGGCUCGGAAGAAAAACACUUUGGACGAUUUUACCACGGUUCAAGAGAUGUUGGUCCACGGAAACAGGGUUGGUGGAACGGGAGGUCCCGGAGGAACCGGUGGCAAAUUGAUGGGUCUUCUUUCGGUAACGACCGUUUGAAUCUGAACCGCUCCCAUCUUACUACUUCCUCGUGCUUCCUUUUAUCCACUGUUUCACCGUCAAUUCUGAUCUCGUUAACUGUUCCUCCACUUUUUUUUCUCUCUUAUCCUUUCGACGAAUUUACGAUCUUAUUUCGCUAUGAUCAACGCACAUAACUACGAAUAAUUAGGAAUAUGAUCGCUUUACGAAUUUCUAUUUUUAUUCCUUCCCUUCGGCGAUUUUUCGUUCGUCUCGAUCGUUGAAACUAAUAAACGAAUCGCAUCGUAUCGUUGAAUAAACGCCAACACGGUUGUACAUAUUUCUUUCGUAUAACGAUAUAAAUGUAUGUAGAUUAUUUUACACGAGUUAAAACUUGUACGGACGAAGAAAAUAGAAUAAAAAAGAACGCUUUUGUAGAUAUGUACAAUAACGAUCGUAUGUAACGAAUAAGACGCGGAUAAAAUUGUAAAUCAGGAUUCUGUGACACACAGAAGGAAAGACGGAAGGAUAUUCGCACUAUAUUCCUAAGAAUAUACGAUUCUUUUCAACUCUAAAGUCUUCUU